AAAGCGACCCUGUUCUCCUGCAAUCUAUCGUUCACUGUUGAAGCUUGAAACCGAAAGAGAAUUGAAGAUCGAAACUCACACAAAAAUGGAGGAAGCAUCUAAAACUAUUGCACACCAAAUCGGAGGUAUCCAAAACGACGUUCUCCGGUUCGGACUCCCCGGAGUCAAAAGCGACAUCGUCGGCUCUCACCCUCUCGAAUCAUCUCUCCAAUCUGUGAGGGGAGUGGAAGAAGCCAUGACGAGGCAAUGCAAAGUGAACCUGUAUGGAGCUGCUUUUCCACUGAAGGAGGAACUUGAUAGGCAAAUACUUUCUCGGUUCCAGAGGCCUCCUGGGGUAAUUCCUUCUUCAAUGCUGGGUUUGGAGACUGUUACAGGAAGUCUUGAUCACUUUGGUUUCGAGGAUUUUCUAAAUGACCCUCGCGAAUCAGAGACUUUCCGGCCAUUGGAUAUGCAUCAUGGAAUGGAAGUUCGCCUUGGGAUAUCUAAAGGACCUGUCUACCCAAGUUUAAUAUAAUUAAGUUUUACUGUUAUUUCUGUACUAAGAAACCAGUAUUUCUGUUGAGCUCAUUGGAAGUAUAGGAUCCAAGGAUCUUGCACAUUUACUUGUAGACUUGUGUUUGCCUGUGUUUUGGAUGCUAUAAAUGUUCUGAUCAAUAUAAACUUCGCCAUAUCUA